GCCGGGGUUUCCGCGCGGUGUGGCCUCGCGUGUCCGCGGCUCCAUCGCGGGGCGGCGGAGCCCGACGGGCGGGGGCUGGUCGGCGGCCGCCAUGGCCGGGGAGCAGGACUUGUUAGACGCUGUCGUGAUGGCAGAUGAGAGGUUUCACAGGGAAGGGUACCGGGAAGGCUAUGAAGAAGGAAGCAGUCUGGGUAUGAUUGAAGGGAGACAGCACGGCACGCUCCAUGGAGCUAAAGUCGGAUCUGAAAUCGGGUGCUACCGAGGCUUCGCGUUGGCUUGGAGAGGCCUCCUGCACGGUCGCGCCACUGAGAGAGACAGCAAAAAGAUGAAGGUCUUAGAGGCAUUGAUUGGGAUGAUUCAGAAGUUCCCUUACGACGACCCUACUUACGACAGACUUCACGAAGACUUAGACAGAAUUAGAGGGAAGUUUAAGCAGUUUUGUUCAUUACUGAACGUUCAGCCCGACUUUAAAAUCAGCACGGAAGGUUCUGGACUUUCAUUCUGAGGACGACAGAUGAACAAAGACAGGACAUCAAGGAGCAGAUGUUCGUGUGUUGAGUGUUGAAAAAUGUGAUUAAAGGCAUUCAGUGAGGAGGA